AUGACUUCGAAGCGUGUUUGCGUCUAUUGCGCAUCGAGUGACGCUUCUGAUGAGAAAUUUCUCCUAGCGGGUCGACAGUUAGGCGAAGGACUUGCUCGGCUAAACAUGACGAUCGUUUACGGCGGAGCACAAUGCGGUGUAAUGGGCGCAGUUGCAGAUGGAGCACUGAGUGCGCAAGGAAAAGUUAUCGGUUGGAUACCCACAUUUAUGAAAACGGAAAUACUCCAUCCUGGUUUAACAGAAGUACACGAGGUGGAAUCUAUGCACAUACGCAAACAUGGUAUGAUGACGAAUUCAGAUGCACUUAUUGCCUUACCCGGUGGACCUGGAACAAUCGAAGAACUAAUGGAAGCGAUUACUUGGAGACGUUUGAAAUUGAUCGGUGUACCUAUUUUUAUUAUUAAUCUCGAUGGAUAUUACAAUCCACUAUUAGAAUUAUUCGAAAAUAUGCGAAAAGCGUGUUUUAUUGUUGAAGGUUCAGAGAAGGACUGGAAUGUCGUAGAUACUGUUGAUGAAGUGAUCGAAAAACUAAAAUUGAUGUUGUGA